AUUAAUUUUAAAACAUGAAAUUUAAUGUUUUGUCUAUUUUUUAUGUUUUUAUAUUGGAGGCAACAAGUGAAGAUAUAAAGAGGCAAAACAUUAAACUUUCAACUCCAGAGGAAUGCCUAAGGCCAUGCGAUGGCAUACCAAAAAUUUGUGAAUACGAUUUUACAUUGGAAUAUUAUAAUACGUUAGGAGGGGCUUGCAACGUAAGCAAACCAAACAGCACCAUAAGUGUCUCACCAAUAUACCCAUGCAUUUUUGCGGAUGGUGUGGAAAAAGGAAUUCUUACUGUUAAUAGAAUGUCACCAGGCCCUACCAUACAGGUUUGUGAAGGAGAUUUGGUGGUUGUCAAUGUAAGAAACAAAAUGGACGGGAUGGAGACAUCUAUACAUUGGCACGGCAUGCAUCAACGUGGAACGCCAUAUUACGAUGGAGUACCUAGUGUGACACAAUGUCCUAUACCCGUAGGGAAUUCUUUUAGGUAUCAAUGGGUGGCAGAUCCAGCAGGAACACAUUUUUGGCAUUCUCAUGCCGGUUUCCAAGACCUUAAUGGCAUUAGGGGUGGUUUGGUAGUGAGACAAGAAAAGACCAAAGAUCCAAAUAAUGAGUUGUAUGAUUUUGAUCUUCCUGAUCAUGUUGUGUUCAUUUCUGAUUUAAUGCAUACUUAUGCUGAAUCGAGAUUUCCAGGUAUGCUUUUCACGAAAAAGGGACAAUUACCGGAUAAUAUACUGAUUAACGGUAAAGGUCAGUACACCGACCGGAAAACUGGAAAUUCAACAAAAACGCCUUUGGAAAUAUUUAAUGUUCAAAAAGGAAAAAGAUACAGAUUUAGGAUGAUUGACGCAAUGGUUACAGUUUGUGCAGUUCAACUUUUUAUAGAAAAUCACGAACUAACCGUUGUGGCUCUCGAUGGAGCCCCGAUAAAGCCUGUGGUGGUAGAUAGCAUAGUUGCUUCUUCAGGUCAUCGUUUCGACUUUGUUAUAAAUCCAAAAAAUGAAAGGAAAGAUUACUGGAUACAGGUUAAAGGUGUGGGUGAAUGUGAAUUUGAAAGAAUACAACAAUUGGCAAUACUAAGAUAUGAUGGUGGUUCUAAGACCUUAUCAACACGUCCGUCAUAUGAUAAUGGAUUGCCUAAAGGAAAGGUUUUAAAUCCUGAAGAUUUUGAUUGCCACCUGCAAAGAGAACAAGCUAUCUGUAUCACCCAAAUGGAAAGUGCUGAAGAUAUAGAUGAAAACCUAAUUAAAGAAACUCCCGACGUAAAAAUACAUUUACCAUUCAAAUUUCAAGACUAUAAACUGAAAGAGUUGUUUACUCCAAACACCUACAAUACGUUUAUGGUAUCUAUCAAUGAUCGUCAUUUAUAUUCAACGAUAAAUGGCUUUUCAUACCACGCCCCAAGUUCCGCUCUCCUAUCGCAAUAUGCGGAUACAGAUUCCGAUAAGUUUUGCAACAAUAAACCAAAAGAUUGCGGGAAAAAAUGUCCUUGUAUCCACAAGAUAAAUAUACCACUAAACCAAAUCGCUGAAAUUGUGUUAAUAGAUGAAGACCCUGCUAAUGAAUUGAACCAUCCCUUUCAUAUGCAUGGCUAUUAUUUCCAUGUCAUGGACAUGGGCAGAGGUCCUUACGACCCAACCAAAACCGCCUCAAAAAUGAGCACAAAAAACUGGCCCAAAAAGGAUACGAUUACGGUACCAAGCGGUGGUUAUGUAGUAUUAAGAAUGAAAGCUGACAAUCCGGGGUUAUGGUUCUUCCACUGUCAUUUCCAAUACCAUAUGGUCAUGGGAAUGAAUGUCAUAUUACACGUGGGAGAGCUUUCCGACUUACCUCCGGUCCCUAAAGACUUUCCGAAGUGUGGGGACUUUAUUCCCGACAUAGAUACCAACUUAAUUAUAUAA